AUGAACAUUCUUACUAAUUUCAUCUUUAUGUUGUUCGGGUUCUUUUGGUUAAUAUCACCGGUCAUUGCUGUCAAAAAGUCCUAUAUUGUGUUAUUAGGAUCUCAUUCACAUGGGUUAGAGGUAUCAGCAGUAGAUCUUCAAAGAGCGGUCGAUUCCCAUCACAAAUUGCUCGGAUCCUUCUUGGGGAGUUCUGAAAAGGCAAAAGAUGCAAUUUUUUACUCGUAUAAGAACCACAUCAAUGGGUUUGCAGCCAUUCUAGAGGAGGAGGAGGCCACCAAACUUGCAAAGCACCCAGAAGUAGCAGCAGUGCUGCCAAACAAAGCUAAAGAGUUACACACAACUCAUUCAUGGGAGUCCAUGCAUUUGGAGAAGAAUGAUGUUAUUCCUUCUUCUUCUCCUUGGAGGAAGGCUAGAUUUGGAGAAGAUGUUAUUAUCGCCAAUCUUGACUCAGGUGUAUGGCCGGAGUCCAAGAGUUUUGGAGAACAAGGCAUAGUUGGAGGCGUGCCAUCGAGGUGGAAAGGAGGCUGCAUGGAUAAAACCCCUGAUGGAGUGCCUUGCAACCGGAAAUUAAUCGGAGCAAAGUAUUUCAACCAAGGGGCACUCGCGUACUUGAAAUCCCAAAAUUUAAUGGAGGAACUCCCAUUGAUCGUCAACUCCACGCGCGACUACAAAGGUCAUGGAUCCCACACGCUGUCGACGGCUGGCGGCAGUUAUGUCUCCAACGUUAGCGUAUUUGGGUCCGGUAUCGGAACUGCCAAGGGCGGCUCUCCCAAGGCCCGCGUUGCUGCCUAUAAGGUCUGCUGGCCGCUUCCUAACAUUGGUGGCUGCUUUGACGCCGACGUUGCCGAGGCAUUUGAUCAUGCCAUCCACGACGGCGUCGAUGUCCUUUCGCUUUCCAUCGGCAGUCCACCAGCCGAAUACUAUGAUGAUAUCAUUGCCAUUGGUUCCUUUCAUGCACUAAAGAAAGGAAUCCCCGUUGUGUGCUCCGCCGGAAACUCCGGCCCGAGCAUGGCGACUGCUUCUAAUAUUGCUCCGUGGAUUUUGACAGUCGGGGCUAGCACUUUGGACCGUGAAUUUCAGGCGCCCAUUGAACUUGGAAACGGACAACGCUUCACGGGAUCGAGCCUUUCGAAUCCAUUAGCGGGAAGAAAGCUAUACCCAUUGAUAACGGGAGCUCAGGUGAAAGCGACGACUGCCUUUGCCCAGGACUCCAUUCUCUGCAAACCGGAAACCUUGGAUCAUUCUAAAGUGAAAGGGAAGAUCUUGGUUUGCUUGAGAGGGGGUUCUUCGAGAAUUGACAAAGGAAUGCAAGCCCUCCUCGCCGGUGCUGUCGGAAUGAUUCUCUGCAAUGAUAGGCUUAGUGGAUUUGAAAUCAUGGCCGAUCUCCAUGUUCUUCCAACUUCCCAUAUCAAUUACAAUGACGGCCAAGCUGUUUUCUCGUACAUCUAUUCCACGAAGUAA